GCUGUGGGAACAGAAGCAGCCGGUCAUCACUCUUGAACAAGGUCGAGGGGGCAACACGUGACCCCGUACACUCAGACAUAAAAAGCCGGCCCAGCCAGCUUCACAGUGUUGGUCAUGAUGAGGGGGCUGCUCGCAUUCGCCGCGCUGCUCGUGGCUGUUCUUGCCAAGGAGACGUUUGAGGGGCAUCAGGUGAUCCGAAUUGUCCCGAAGAAUGAAAUCGAGCUGGCUCUGAUCAAGUCCCUGGAGGACAUGGCAGAGUUCGAGUUGGACUUCUGGAGGGGUGUGACGGAUGUCUUCUCUCCCGUGGACGUUAGAGUUCCUGUUCACACCUUGCAGUCUCUCAAAAGUCAUCUGGAGAACCUGGACAUCAAGUUCUCCACAAUGAUUGAAAAUCUGCAGGCUCUCCUGGAUGAGGAGCUGGAGGAGAUGGAUGCUGCUGUACACGAGGCUGAGCUGAGGAGCACUGACAGCUUUGAUUACUCCAGGUACCACCCGCUCAGCGAGAUCUACAGUUUCCAGGACAUGCUGGUGGCUGAAAAUCCCAACUUGGUCAGCAAGAUUGUGAUUGGUCAGAGCUAUCAAGGUCGUCCACUUAAUGUACUCAAGUUCAGCACUGGUGGAACCAACCGUCCUGCUAUCUGGAUCGACACUGGAAUCCACUCCAGAGAGUGGGUCACCCAGGCCAGCGGCAUCUGGUUCGCUAAGAAGAUAGUAAAGGACUAUGGCAGUGACCCGGCUCUCACCGCCAUCCUCAACAACAUGGACAUCUUCCUGGAGAUUGCCACCAACCCUGAUGGAUACCACUACACCCACACCUCAAACCGUAUGUGGAGGAAGACACGGAAGCCCAACCCUGGAUCUUCCUGUGUUGGAGUUGAUCCCAACAGAAACUGGGAUGCUGGUUUUGGAGGACCUGGUGCUAGCAGCAGCCCCUGCUCAGAGACCUACCGCGGACCCAGUGCCCACUCCGAGUCUGAGGUCAAGUCCAUUGUGGACUUUGUGAAGUCCCACGGAAACUUCAAGGCCUUCAUCUCCAUCCAUUCCUACUCUCAGAUGCUCAUGUAUCCCUACGGCUACACCAGGACUCCUGUUAAGGACCAGGCUGAGCUGCACCAACUGGCCCAGAAGGCCAUCACCGACCUGGCCUCCCUGUACGGAACUCGCUACAGAUAUGGGAGCAUCAUCGACACCAUCUACCAGGCUAGUGGCGGCACCAUCGACUGGACCUACAACCAGGGCAUCAAGUACUCCUACACCUUUGAGCUGAGAGACACUGGUCGCUACGGCUUCCUCCUGCCCGCCAGUCAGAUCAUUCCUACAGCUGAGGAGACUUGGCUGGCUCUGAUGACCAUCAUGACUCACACUCUGAAGAAUCCAUAUUAGUGUGUGUGUGAGACCCAUGAGGAGGAUCCGCUGAAUAAAGGUCUCCUUAGACAGGAAACCAAAAACUAAAGAAAUAAAAACAAAUACUCUGA